AGUUCCGGUGUCUCUCCGUGUGCCUCGCUCUGAGCGGUGUGUGUGAUUCGCUGGUGGCGGCUUCACCCAAGCCUGCGCGACUAGCACAGUGAUGCGCUCGACGCGGUGGUGGUGAUAGCGGUUUCUGCGACUUGCGACGCGCGCACAACCGGUCUCUCUCGUCGGCGCGUAUCACCUGCUCAGCGGUCUCGCCGCCAGCUUCGGCGUUGUGUCCUCCUCGGAUUAAUGGACUCGAGUGCGCGUGUUUCUGGAUCAGCGCCGAGGCAUGCGACGUAGGUAUGCCGCGCGCGCCCUGCCGUUCGACGUGACCACGUUCCACGAGUGCGCGCUGGACGCCCUCAGCACCGGUGCCAUUCCCCCGGGCAUCGCUGACACUGCUUCUUAGUUCGGUCGUCGUGUGUUGAGUUUCUGGUGCGUUCCUACGCAAAUAUCAUUUUGCCGUCGUCUUCAGCGUGGGCGACCAUCAUGGCGCGAAUGACUGGGGCGUUUGAACGCCGCUUCUCGUGGGAAUGUGCCAUUCUUUACGGGUUACUGCUCUGCUGGAUGUACAUCGGUGCGACGUCCGGAGUGUCUCGGUUCCUGCCGCCAAAGCUGGACAUCGACACUGCCUACAUCGACAUUCCUGCCAACAGCACGCUGCGGAUAACGUGCUAUGGCAGGUACCCACUGGCCUGGCAUUCGCCACCACUCGGAGACAACGUUUCCUUGCGCUCGUCCAUCUAUGAUGAAGAGGUGGAUGGCAUUCGCCCCUUCAAGAGCGUCUUCGAGCUCAAUACUACUGACGUCAUGGACUUGGGUCAUUACAUUUGUUACUACAAUGGGACCACUGAUCUCACCAACGCGGGAAACGCUACGUCAGUUUACGUCUUCGUCAAUGACGACUACUACCUGUUCCAGCCGGAGAAGCAGAUGGACCAGCUUGUUUUCGUGACGGUACGCCACGGCGAGAUGCUGGUGGUGCCGUGCCUGCCUACGCACUCGGGCGCCCACGUCCAACUCUGGAAGGACCUCGGCCAGGACGAGAUGGAGGAGGUGGCGCUGCUGAAGCGCGACGUCGAGUUCGACCCGAUGCGCGGCUUCGUCAUCUACUACCCGCAAAGCUACUACGCCGGACACUUCAUCUGCAACGGCUCGGUCCCCGGACGCGUCUACAACGACUCGUCCAUGGCCGUCGUGUUCGUCUAUCUGCCUCCUGUGGACAUAGCGCCCAGCGUGAUGAUUGAGAAGGAGAGCAACUUUCAUCCGGUACUGAACGACUCGUUCACGCUCAACUGCACGAUCACCGUGGAAAUGGGCGUCAUGGUCGUCUUGUCCUGGGACUACCCCGACAAGAACAGCUCACGCAUCAAGAAGACCGAGGCCAUCAGUUACAGCAAAACGUUCGGGCAAGACCGCUUCGUGCUAUCCGUGGUGGCGUCACAGCUGACCGUUCGUGACGUGCAGAGGAGCGACGAAGGGUUGUACACGUGCUCCUGCAAGGACCAUCACGGGAAGAUGUACAACCACUCCGUCUUUGUCUCCGUCUACGAGUCCGAACAGCUGGCGCACGUGAACCUGACCACAGACCUGGACACCUCGGAGACGCUGGUCUUCCCCGAGGGAGGCACCUUCAAGAUGGUGGUCACGGUGGAGGCGCACCCGAGCUUCGCCGAGACGCGCUUCUGGUGGCUGAAGGACGGAGCGCUGCUCAACGACGGCCGGGACCUGCGCCUCUCGUACCGCGAGCCGCGCGCCGUGCUCGAGAAGGCGAACGCGCGCUUCGACGACAGCGGCGUGUACACGCUGUACGCGCGCAUACAGAACGCCACCUCCAAGAUCAGCGUCAACGUCAGCAUCUCGUCCAAGCCCGUGGUGACGGUGGUGAACAACACGGAGCUGUACGCGUACGGCUCCGACUACGCGCUGGUGUGCACCGUGAAAGGGAGCCAGCCCCUGCGCGCCUGGUGGGAGUGGCGCGAGUGCGUGGAUCCGCGCACGUGCGACGACCAGGCUCCCCGCCGCGCGUUCCAGCGCCUGGCCGCCGCCAACAGCCAGCACCGAAACGCCGGCGCCCCGCCGGGACAGCUGGUGCGCAGCACCGAGGGGCUGCGGCACCGCAACCUCACCAUUCGGCUUCGCGCCCGCCAGUCGGGCCUGUACCGGUGCGUGGCCGCCAAUUCGCUCGGCACCGGACUCAGCGUCGCCAGGUUCUACGUCACCGACGCGAGAAAUGGCUUCGAGAUCAUCGCGUCGGACGUCAUACCCGUGGACCAGGACCGCGUGAUGCUGAGCUGCCUGGCCAGCCAGUUCAAGUACGAAGGCCUCACCUGGAAAUGGAAGCCAAAAGGUUCCUCGGAACUCGUCAGCCUUAACGUCACUGGUGUCCUGGACAUAAAGAUGUCGUCGACGGCGUUCUCCGAAAACCUGACCCUGCACUUCAACCCCAUCGGUAGAAAUCAGUCGGGCGAGUACCAGUGCAUUGGUUCCGUCCGUGGCGGAGGAGCGCAGAGACACAUCGAGUUCAUCAACGUUGCCGUGCGAGAUAUGCGUCCACCGGAGUUCAACAAAACCAACCUGAGGAACGAUGUGCUCAGCGACGUGUCGUACAUCGACCUGCAGUGCACGGCGACCGGCCUGCCCGAGCCCAGUAUCUCGUGGUUAAAGGACGGCAAACCGCUUAAUAUGAGCGGCAUCGACCGCUUAGACGAGGGCCGCUGGCUCGUCAAGCGCAAGGUGACGCUCCAAGACAGCGGAUUCUACCAGUGCCGCGCCGAGAAUAGGGCCGGCGCCAUCUUCGCCAACACCACCAUCAAUGUCGCCAGCGGAAUACCAGCUCCCGUCAUGAAUUCCACUCACGUCGCCUUGAUAAGCGUCGUCUUCAUCAUCGCCAUCAUUUGCUUCCUCAUCGUGCUUGUUUACUGCAAGAAAUAUCGGGCGCACAUGAAGGAAGAAAAAGAGAUGGAGCUGUUGAACAAGACCCUCUUCGACAAAGGCCAGGUGAACAUGUUCAACCCUGACCUCCCCCUGUGCGAGCAAGUGGAGCUGCUGCCGUACGACCAACGUUGGGAGUUCCCAAAAGAUCGUCUCAAGCUCGGAAGGACCUUGGGACAAGGCGCCUUUGGCCGGGUUGUCAAGGCUGAAGCCAUCGGUCUUGGCGAGCAGGGUCAAUCGCUUACGGUGGCGGUGAAGAUGCUCAAAGAACGAGCCGACAUGUCUCAACGAAAAGCAUUGAUGGCCGAGCUGAAGAUUCUAAUUCAUUUGGGUCGACAUUUGAACAUCGUGAAUAUUCUUGGCGCUGUGACGAAAAACGUAGCCAAAGGCGAAUUGAUGGUGAUUGUGGAGUACUGCAAGUUUGGAAACCUAAGGCAUUAUCUUCUGAGACACCGGGAGCGCUUCAUAAACCAGCUGAACCCGGAGACGGGCAAAGUGGACCCGGACAUGUGCUACAGCCCGAGGUCUCCAACCUCGCCAUCUCCCGGGUUCCGAUUCGCCAUUUCAAACCCUGUUUAUUGCCAACAACGGCAGCAGCAGCAGCACACGCCGACGCUGAAGUACGCCGAUUUGGCGAUGAGCGCCACCCCCACGAGCAACGGGAACGAGUUCAGCUUCUCGGUGUCGGACACCACGUACGGCUUCCUGCCCGACAGCGGCAACAACGCGACGCUCGUCAGCGGCUCCUCCCUACGCGACCACGGAGACAUGCGCGACGCCGCGCUCACCACCCGCGACCUGCUGUGCUUCGCCUUCCAGUGCGCCCGCGGAAUGGAGUACCUCGCCUCGAGAAAGUUGAUUCACAGAGACUUGGCGGCAAGAAACGUUCUGCUAAGCGAAGAGAACGUUGUGAAAAUAUGCGAUUUUGGGCUCGCGAAGGACUGCUACAAGUACUCCAACUACAUCAAGAAAGGAGACGGUCUCUUGCCCGUGAAAUGGACCGCUAUCGAGUCGAUUAUGGACAGAGUAUUCACAACAAAAAGCGAUGUGUGGUCUUACGGAGUUCUACUCUGGGAGAUAUUCUCACUGGGUGGCAAUCCCUAUCCUGGAGUUGUCAUCGACGAGUCAUUCUACAAAAGGCUCAAGAAUGGCUACCGCAUGGAGAAACCAGACUACGCUCCAGACGACGUGUAUGAAAUCAUGCAAAGUUGCUGGCAAGCGGAACCUAAGGAGCGGCCGGAUUUCUCGACCCUGGUUACCCGCGUUGGAGACCUCCUUGAGGCUGGAGUGAGAAAUUACUACCUGGCCCUGAACGACCCUUACGCCAACGUGAACCUGCUCUUGAAGAACAACAACGACUACCUCACCAUGGGCAACACGCUAGACCCCGACUAUCUGGACAUGAAGUCCGACGACGAGAACUACAUCAACACGAGCCGAGCUGCUACACAGCCGAGUUCAGAGCCGCACUACGCCAAGAUGGCUGCCACCACCACCGUGGACGACGGCAGCGCCCCCGUGGCGGACGGCAUGGAAAUGAAGCCCAUGAUCGGCCGCGUCGGCGACGCUGGGCAGGCUGCGCACGACGUCACCCCGGGCUACAUGAACAUCGGCAACGGGACGGCGCUACAGCUGCGGCUCCCGCAAGGGAAGCGCCGAGACGCAGCGCCCCCGCUGCUGCCGCCGUCCGGAGGCGCCUUGGGUGACGCGAGGUCAUCGGACGACGUGAGCGAAAUCUGUGCCACGCCACCGCCGGCGUACAACCUGGUCGUGAGUGUCGACGGUAGUGGAGGCAUCCAGGUGUGAGCGAACACGAAGAAUCGCGCAACCGAUUGACUUUGCCUGCAAGUGUCUCUGGCACCAUCAAAGCAGGGUCCUGAUGGAAAGCCGACACCACAGGCUCCAAAUUCUCGCGGCGUUGCCCGAGAGUAGGUGGAGCGGCGCUACACUCCCUGCCGAUGGUCGAGCGAGCUUGCUGUUGCGUGCGACUCCAGAGUUCCAUUGAACAAAAUCCAAAGCCACGCCACGCGAGAGUGCUACGCCAGUAAUGUGGACUCGGGCUCGAAGAUGUACAUAGAGAUGUUGUAGAUUUGUGUUUUUGUCGACGUUGUUGCUUUCCUUGUCUCCAUCGCCGUUGUCAGGGCGUACAGGUCAUGGUGCGUGCUAGAAUAUUUUGCUCUUCUUGGCCACAGAAUGCGAGCCGCGCAUUAGUUCAGCGCUCUAGCACCCUGGAAUACAAGCGUCACUCCAGUCCACGCCAGUCAGAACGUAGCUUGCGCAGGGACUGCUACAGAUGCUCUGACAUACAGCUCAGUUGGAGCCCUGGUCAAUUACGCAGUGGUCUGCACACUUUCGACAAAGGCUGUAAGUCCGUGUGUACCCGAGGAUGUUUCGUAAUCGUGCUACUCGUCUUGUUCGUUCUUUAUGUCUGUGUAUGAAUCUCCGCGCCGAAUGUAAUUAGCAUUUGCAUCGUUACAUUCUUGUACAUUGAAGGAGAAACUCAAUCCAGGUGGCAGCGUACGCGGGCGCUCGUAUGCGGUGUCCGUGAAUACGCCACUUAUAUAAAAUGUUACAUUUACAUAGGAUGGAAGUGUUUGUGCGCAAUCGUUUCUCCUUUCUGGAAUGUUACUUACCAAGUUAUCUUCUGCUAAUAGUUAGAAUAUUAACGAAAGUGUGAUAACGUCGUGCUUUAGGUGAGUAAGAGAGCAGGCUAUCUCGCAUGCUUGAGAGACGAAUAUUCUGCUUUUUGAGCUAAGUAUACCAAGCCAAACUCAAUCGACCAUGUCAUCUCGGGCCAACAAGAACGGCAAAAGAAAAAAAACAACAACAACAAUAUGAUCUGCAUUCCAAGUUCCAGUUAAUGUGCUUUGUUGUUAUUUCUGGCUCUAUGUUUUGUGGCUGCGUUUUCAACAGUCUCUUAUUCUUCUCGUCAAGUCACAGAUAACGCAGUUAUCAAGUUUACCUAGUGUUAUCUUUUGGUGAAGUGAUCGGUACCAGUGUACUGCGCAUGCGCACUGCCGUCUUGCAAAGAGUACAACGGGAGCAGUAUUCAUGACUCGUCUUUUCGUUUUAUUGUACACGUAUUGAUGAGACAACCUUUCAGGCCUUUUUGGUGUUUCUUUUUGUUCUCAAGGUUGUGUGCAUGGAAGAGCGCGAUGACAAACACGUAUGUGCCAUCUGCUCAAUUGUAUUUUCUUCCUUUCGUUGUGAGCUAGUCAUUAAGUACCACAGCGGAGUUGAAAGCGCGAACUUAUGCUGACAACAUUGACUUCUCUUAUGUUGAAGUUGAAUACACAACUGUUUAAGAGAUUCCCUAUGAAGAAAGUAUAAUUUAAUAAUAAAACCACCUCAUGUAUGACUUUGCA